AAUAACCAACUGCCUCCCUCCGCUCCGCUCGCCACCACCUACCGCGACUCCCUCGUCAGAGCCGCACGCCCGCACGCCCAAGGGAGCUUGCUUGGUCCGCUCCGAUGGCCCGCGACGGCGCGUCGGCGGAGCGGCGGCGGGUGGCGCUGCGGGUCCUGCUGGCGCGCGGCGAGGGCUCCUCCUCCUCUCCCCCGCCGCGGGGGCCGGAGGAGGCGCGGGGGAGCAAGCAGCAGUGGCUCGCGCUGCGCCUGCGCGACCUCGGCUGCGCGUCCGCCGCCGCGUCCCGGGCCCACGCGCCCGUCGCCGCCUCGGCCUCGGUCCGCCCCGCCGCGGACGACGAGGAGGAGGACGAGGACUGGCGCGAGAGCCGGCGCCGGCGGAGGCGGAGGGAGAGGAGGGCCGCGAGGGCCGCGGGAGGCGGCGCCGCGCCUGCUGGGGACGUGUGGUGCACGUGCACCCCGGGGAUUCCCUUCGCCGCCGAGGCCUCGUCCGUGGACUGCGUCGUGGCGCGCCACCACCACCACCACGCGCCAGCUCCGGGCCGCCGCGGGGAGGCGGACAGGCGACACCGGGAGAGGACCGCCGAGCAGCGGGCGCGCAGGGUCACCAUGCGGGAGCACAUAUCCUCGUCCUUCAUGGACUCGCCGCCGCGCUUCCACAUGCCGUUCCACGACGCCGACCUCCUACACUCAGGCCGCCACCGCCACAUCACCGGAUUCGGCCACCCCUACGACAGGACCGAGGAAGAGAUAAUGAUGUUUCGAACGAGACUAUUGUUGGGAAGAAUGGGCAUGUAUGAUCAAUACCAGGAUUGGCGCCUUGACGUCGAUAACAUGAAUUACGAGGAGCUACUCGCGCUCGAGGACAGGAUCGGCUAUGUAAGCACAGGGCUUCGCGAAGAUGAGAUUGUUCGCGGCCUUAGGGUGGGCAAACACCAGGCGUUCGAGCGCAAGCAUUUCUCAACAGAGACGGAGCGGCGCUGCAGCAUUUGUCAAGAAGAUUUUGAAGCGAGUGAGGAAGUAGGGAGGCUGAGCUGCGGCCACGGCUACCAUGUGCACUGCAUCAAGCAGUGGCUCUCCCGGAAGAACGCCUGCCCACUUUGCAAGAUCCCCGUCUCAAAACCAUGAGAUAGACGGUCCUCUACCCACAGUUUGUAUUUUCUGGUAGAAUAUACUUGUAUCCAUAUCGUAUCUGAAGGGUGUUUGUUCUUGUGCGUAGUUGUUCUUGUACAUGCCCCUCUGCUGCUCUGCAUAUACACACUGUUGUUGUAAAAAAGAUACACAGGCACACAUGCAUAUAGAAAUGGAAUGAUAUUGUCCGCAUCGUCUUGAA